GAUGUCAUAAAUUCACAUGAGCAUAGAGAUCGAGUAUUCCAAAUUGAGCUCUCGUUUUGAAUUUCUGUAAAUUUCCAAUACCAAACUGCGGAGCAAGCAGAAUGGAUGGCUGCUACAACGACAUCUUGGCCCCUCUAAUCCUGGCCGUCAUGGUGGCCAAUGGCCAUCCACUCACUCUGGACGAGAUCGUCGAUGGACUGAUAGAGGUGAUAAGCUCCCAAACCGAACAUGCCGUUGUGUUGGAAAACAUUGGAGACGGCAAAUAUCUUCCCAAACCUUGCAGCUACAAACGUUGGCGUUGAUAAGAGCAUCAUUUGUGUAUUAACAAAAAACAUUUAGACCGAUAACAUUACUACGACUCAUGUGUAUAUUAGUAGAGCAAAACCAUCAUUUAAAAUAAAGAAGUCAUUAUAGCUGAUAAAAAA